AUGUCAUUCUCACGCUCCUCCGCCGUGCAAGAGUUCAAUUAUUUAAUUGGUGAUGUGCCGGUGAUGCGAGUACAGGAAGUACGAGAUCUUGGGGUUGUAUUCGAUCCUAAACUCACGUUUCACUCACAUGUGGAGGCUAUUGUUGAGGCUGCUUACCGACUGCUUGGAUUUGUUCUACGUAAUGCAUCUCAUUUAACGAACCAAGCACUUCGUAUCCUUUAUACGGCGCUAGUCCGUAGUAUUCUCGAGUGCAACUCAGUUGUUUGGAACCCACAUGAGAGCAAAUAUACUUUAAUGAUCGAACAAGUCCAAAAACAAUUCCUUGGACAUUUGUAUAAGAGGCAAUAUGGAUACUAUCCAUUUAUGUACCCAACACUCUUUUUACAAGGACAUCUGAGCUUUGAUUCACUGCAGUUACGUAGGUACGUAGCUCUUACUAAGUUUGUUCUCAAAAUAAAUCGGGGCAGAGUGGACUGCGUAUACUUACUACAACGUUUGGUGCGUUUCUUUGUACCGACCUCGUACGUACGCGCGCGGCGACACGCACUAUUAGCGCAGCCACCUGCACGCACUCAAGCGCAUAAGCACACGCCUGUAAUACGAGCCAUCUGUCUUCUAAACUCUGUACUUGAGGUAGCACCACAGUGUGAUCUAUUUGCCAGCUCGAUGGAAUGUUUGGUCAAAGAAUGUAAGAAAAGAUUUGAGAGUUUGAUGCCUGCAAGCGCUAUAAAAUAA